AUGUUGUGUGAAGUUAUGUAUGGUGAUAAAAAGAAAUCAGAUUUAAAGUUAGUCGUAGUAGACUCAGACGACAGCCCGCCCAUUAUCGGACGUCGGUGGAUGACAGCGUUAGGUAUAAAAUGCAGUCCUGAAACUCCCGAGUCGAUAUAUAAUAUGAAUAACGGUCGUGAGGGCGUAGGGACACAGUUGGCUCGAGAAUUCCCGCAGGUGUUCGCGCAGGGAACUGGGAAGUUCACAGGUAAGCCCAUACAACUAAGAGUGGCCAGCGACGCGCGGCCCGUGUUCUGCAAGCCGCGGCCCGUGCCGCACGCGCUGCGCGCCGCUGUGGAGGCUGAGCUGGAGCGCCUGCAGGCGGACGGGGUCAUUUCGCCGGUGGAGACUAGCGAGUGGGGGACGCCUGUCGUGCCCGUCAUCAAAAAGUCAGGUGAGGUGAGACUGUGCGGGGAUUUUAAAAUAACACUAAACCCGGUAUUAGAGGAUGACAAAUACCCAAUACCGCGCAUCGAUGAAAUAUUCUCUAAUUUGCAAGGAGGACAACUUUUCAGCAAAAUAGAUUUGAGCCACGCUUAUCAGCAAUUACCGCUUACAGAAGAAUCAAAACAGCUGUGCGUAAUUGUGACGCAUAAGGGUAGCUUUUGUUACAAUAGAUUACCAUUUGGUAUUAAGUGUGCCAUGAGUAAAUUUCAGCGCGUCCUGGAUAGCCUAUUCAAGAAUAUGAACCUUAUUGCGGUGUAUUGCGAUGAUAUUUUAGUCACGGGUGUUAACGACGAUGACCAUUAUAAACGCUUGAUAUCGGUAUUCAAAAUAUUGUCCGAGGCAGGAUUAAGAAUUGCACAAAAUAAAUGCAUUUUUUUCCAAAAAUCGCACACAGACGAGCAAAAUAGAUGCCGUUCAGGCAGCCCCAGUACCGGACACCGUAUCGCGUUUAAAGGCAUUCUUAGGUUUGGUAAAUUAUUAUGCUAAAUUCAUACCUAAUAUAAGUACCGUUUUAC